AUGUUCAAACGCUUUUUUCAUACAGGACUUCGCCUUGCUGAACAGAGUACUCCCUCUGGAUCAUCGCUCUUCUCCGAACCCUUAAAGCCUUUGUCAGAAAGAGCUGCGAUUGCAGAGAAUCCAUACUUUCGUGAACUCCCUCCUAAUGUAGCAGCCGUUUACUUGAGCCCUUUGAAAUGGAAAGCCAGCGAAAACGAUGAUCUGGUUGCUACUUUAAGAAUAAAAAGCUAUGAAACGAAUGAAUUGGACUUUUAUUCCGAUUUCAUAUGCCGUGCCGCUUACUACAUGAAGAUUCCAAUGCGUGGUCCUCGACCUUUGCCGAAGAAGGUUGAAAGUUGGACCCUUUUAAGAUCCCCAUUUGUGCAUAAAGGAUCGCAAGAAAAUUUUGAACGAAUUACCCAUACCCGCCUUUUCAAACUCUACAACAUAAACCCUUCCCAACUUGAAAUUUUCUUAGCGUAUGUUAGAAAAAACAACAUGCCAUCUUUGACACUUGAGGCCAAAAUGGUAGAAUACGAGGACUUGGAAGUUGCUGCUCGUAUACGGUCUCUACUUCCAGCAGAAGAGCAAGGUACUUGGAGCGACUCUAAGGAUCACGACCGUAUUAAAUUACAUGCAGAUGAGCUUUUAAAGAAUGACCCCGUUUUUCAAAAACUGAUGAAGGGAGACCAAAAGAAAAAGUAA